AUGUCCCUGUUAAUUAAAGACACUGAUAAAGAAUUCGUUCUGCGUGUAAGGAAGCUAGUUACAAAUACCAAAAAUAAUAGUGAAGUAAUCAACAGUGAUAUUGCGAUAAAUACAAAGGAAGUUGACGAAACACAUUCAACUGUCGUGGAAUCGGAGAAGUUGGUGGGAGGGUAUACAACCGAUGCUAUUGUUCAUUGUGCCUUUGGCUUCAAGAGCAGUGUCAUGGAUAACCCUAAAGAUCCCUUUGUAGUUGCCCUACAAGCCUUUUAUGAAAUGACCUUAUAUAACAUAUACGAAAAGUGA